CCCGGAACUAUCCGGCCAGCUCGCAGCAGGCUGGAUGUUGUGAACUACGAUCCGGAUACCUACUUUUUUCCCUUCUUGUGAGACUGCUUCACACCAGCCUGGGACGAGGUGUGCUGUGCUGUCUCCUGUCAGACACAGCAAGCUCCUUGGGACGGCUCAGGGCCAGUUUGCUGACCACACCUUGCCUGAAGGACUCACAGUGCGAUGAGCUGUCUGGAGGAAACAGAGGAGGUGGGAACUAAACAUUUGCAGGAGCCAGGAUGCUGUGCUGUUGUACCCUGAGCUGAUCACUGAGUCUGGCUCCCUGGAAGCCCUGCUGUGCUUUUUGCCAAGAUGAAGUGUGUUUUGGUGGCCACUAAAAGUGCAGAGGUCCUCUUCUACUGGACAGAUGAGGAGUUUGAAGAGAAUCUCCGGCUAAAGUUUGGGCCAUCAGAAAAUGAGGAAGAGGAGCUCCCUGCGCUGGAGGACCAGCUGAGCACUCUCCUGGCCCCAAUCAUCAUCUCUUCUGUGACCAUGCUGGAGAAGCUGUCAGACACAUACACUUGCUUCUCCACAGAAAAUAACAACCACUUGUAUGUCCUUCACUUGUUUGGAGAAUGCCUGUUCAUUGCCAUCAAUGGAGACCACACCGAGAGCGAAGGGGACCUUCGGCGGAAGCUAUGCGUGCUCAAGUACCUGUUCGAGGUGCACUUCGGGCUGGUUACUGUGGACAGCCAGCUCAUCCGAAAGGAGCUGCGACCCCCUGACCUGGAGCGGCGUGUCCGGGUGUGGGAGUACUUCCAGGGCCUGCUGAGGACCUACAGCCGCCUGCGGGAGCAAGAACAGAGCUUCGCUGUAGAGGCUGUGGAACGACUGAUUCACCCCCAGCUCUGCGAGUUGUGCAUAGAGACCCUGGAGCGGCACGUUGUCCAGGCUGUCAACUCCAGCUCGGAGCGGGGUGGCGAGGAGGCCCUGCAUGCUUUCCUGCUUGUGCAUUCCAAGUUGCUGGCUUUCUACUCCAGCCAUGGCACCAGCUCCCUGCGCCCUGCUGACCUCCUGGCUCUCAUCCUCCUGGUUCAGGACCUCCACCCCUGCCAGAGCACAGCAGACGAGGAGGACAAUGAUGCCCAGCCUUCCCCAAGGAGAACACCCCAGAGCAGCGAGAACAUCCCUGUGCAGCAGGCCUGGAGUCUGUGUACUGUGGGCCCCUCUGGAGGGAGUUCUGCAGAGACGGACACUGAUAGCUUCUCCCUCCCUGAGGAGUACUUCACACCAGCUCCUUCCCCUGCUGAAAGGAGCUCAGGUAGCAUCAUCUGGCUGGACGGGGGCACACCUCCUACUGAUGUUCCUCAGAUAGGCAAGGAUACCCUUCAGGCACUGGUUCCUCACUCACCAGCAUCUUCCAGCCCCAGAAGGAUCUUUCUGGAUGCCAAUGUAAAGGAAAGCUAUUGCCCCUUGGUGCCCCAUACCAUGUACUGCCUGCCCCUGUGGCCAGGUAUCAACAUGGUCCUCCUAACCAAGUGCCCUAACACCCCACUGGCCCUGGUCCUAUACCAGCUGCUCGACGGCUUCUCCCUGCUGGAGAAGAAGCUAAAGGAGGGCCAGGAAGCCGGGAGCGCCCUGAGAUCCCAGCCCCUCAUGGGAGACCUGCGUCAGAGGAUGGACAAGUUCGUCAAGAAUCGAGGGGGCCAGGAGAUUCAGAGCACCUGGCUGGAAUUUAAAACCAAGGCCUUCUCCAGAAGUGAACCCGGAUCAUCCUGGGAGCUGCUCCAGGUGUGUGGGAGGCUGAAGCAGCAGCUCUGUGCCAUCUACCGUCUCAGCUUCUUGGCCACUGCGCCCAGCAGGGGAGGCCCGCACCUGCCCCAGCGCUUGCAGGACCAAGUCCAGAGGCUCAUGCGGGAGAAGCUGCUGGACUGGAAGGAGUUCCUAUUGGUGAAGAGCAGAAGGAAUGUCACCAUGGUAUCCUAUCUGGAGGAUUUCCCAGGCCUGGUGCAUUUCAUCUACGUGGACCGCACGACCGGACAGAUGGUGGCUCCUUCCCUCAGCAGCAGUGAAAAGACUUCAUCUGAGUUGGGCAAAGGUCCCCUGGCUGCCUUCGUCAAAGCCAAGGUUUGGGCUCUGGUCCACCUGGCACGCAGAUACCUGCAGAAGGGCUGUACCACGCUGCUGUUCCAGGAAGGAGACUUCCGUUGCUCCUACUUCCUAUGGUUUGAGAAUGACACGGGCUGCAAACUCCAGAUGAUUGAAGUGCCUGUCCUCUCCGAUGACUCAGUCCCCAUCGGUGUGCUGGGAGGUGACUACUACAGGAAGCUCCUACGCUACUACAGCAAAAGCCGCCCUGCUGAGGCUGUCAGGUGCUAUGAGCUACUGACCCUGCAUCUCUCAGUCAUUCCCACUGACCUGCUGGUGCAUCAGGCCAGCCAGCUGGCACGGCGCCUGGGGGAGGCCUCCCGUGUGCCCUUGCCCUAGGCCAGGAUGUGCCGGCCUCGGUACCUGAUCUCCAACCUCUACUUGCAAAAGUUCCCCACAGCAAGAGCUUCUUCCUGUCCCUGGUGGCCUCCUGAGGAUGCACAGGAGUCCUAAGGCAGCCCCGGGGUUUCUCAAAGCCCACCUGGACCACCCUUCACAUGGGGUGAUAAGUAAGUCCCCCCAGAUCUUGACCUCUGGAGACAAUGGGAUACCAUGGUCUUCUGUUGGUCUCCUUAAAACAGCAGUGGCUGUGAGGUUGGAGAUGGCAGAGGCUCCUCUUUGAGAGCUAUUUCUGUUGGUCCCCAGGAGAGAGGGAGGAAGUCCUUAGUGCUCAGACUGUCCAAAGAUACCCCUUUCCUGCUGUUCUGAGUGGAGAAAGCAAUUUUCCUACCCCAGAUGAAAGGUGCUUCUCUGGCUGCUUUGAAUUCCAGCACUGACAUUUCCUCUCUGCAGCUCUGGUCACUUAUUAAUUGAUAAAUCUGUUUCCCCACAUUUAAACUGAUGACCUCUCAGAGUGGUCAGGAGGAUUAGCAAGCAUAGUAGGUACUCAGUAAAUACCGGUUGUCAUCAAGCCCAAAGUGCCUGUCCUUCUGGAUCUUUUUUUUGGCCCUAAGAAGCCUAGCUAGAUCCUAGCCCCUACCUCUGCCCUAGGGCUGUGGUUCUGAGCUCAAACCCUAGCCCAAAGAUUCAGAUUCAUGUGGAUGGCAGCCCAGAUUCUAUGUUUUUAAAAGGCUCCCAUGCCACCUGGUGUGUACUUGCAAAGGGUACAGCUCCUCUCUCCUAACCAAGAGGUUCCUAUCCCAGAAUGGACGUAAGGACAAGAGACUGCCAAAGCACUGGAACAUUGUCUGCUCCUCUCAGAUCAAGACGUGAUACUGGGGUGGAGGGAAGUAGUGUGCCAGAAAUGUACAUCCAUCAAAAAAAGAAAUGAGUGCCCUGGCCAGCGUACCAGAGCCUGGCCAUCUGUGUCUGUCUUGGGCUGAAAUUCACGUGAAGAGACUGGUCUCUUGAGCUGGCAAAGUGGCUGAAGUGGUAGAGUGCGUCCCAAGUAUGAGACCCUGAGUUCAAACCCCAGUACCACAAAAAGAGAGAGAGAGAAGACUGGUCUCCCCUGCAGGGGCUGGCUAUGGAGAAAGCAGGUCCUGAGGGCUAGAGUCCUCAGAAGGUGGCAGUGAGGCAUAUGUCCCUGGAGAUGACCAGAUCUGUGUUCCUCCUUACUAUCAUGAUUUUAUGGGUAGAAAUUAAAAAGACAAAUACCUAGUGUAGAAAAUACAGAAAAGCACAAAGGAAAAAAGUAGGCCUUUAAGCUUACUACUGUUCAGGACACCCACUUUUUAAAAAAUUAAUGUUUUCCCUUAAUUCUUAGUAGCUUUAUGAUGUGAGGUGUCUAACCAGUCCUCCU